AGCGGCGGCGGCGGAAGCGGCGGCGGCGGCAGGGGCCUGUCGCCAUGGCGACCGCGACCGCGGAGGGGCUGCCGGAGGCCAGCGCGCAGCCCGCCAAGCAGGACCCUGCUGUUGAAACAGCAGAGGAAGCUAAGGAACCAGCAGAAGCAGACAUCAAUGAACUUUGUAAAGACAUGUUCAACAAAAUGGCCACUUACUUAACAGGUGAACUGACAGCCACCAGUGAAGACUACAAACUCUUGGAAAACAUGAACAAGCUGACUAGCUUGAAGUACUUGGAAAUGAAAGAUAUUGCUAUAAACAUCAGUAGAAAUCUGAAGGAUUUAAAUCAAAAAUAUGCUGCUCUUCAACCAUAUCUGGAACAGAUCAACCUAAUCGAGGAGCAGGUAGCAGCUUUGGAGCAGGCAGCUUAUAAAUUGGAUGCAUAUUCCAAAAAACUUGAAGCCAAGUACAAAAAACUGGAGAAACGAUGAAAUCCACAACAGAGACUUGACUUAAUAAUAAUAUUGAAAUUGGAAGUUGUUUAUGAGACAGACUGAUCUCUGUUUGCUUAAGUUACAUAACAGCAAUUAUGUACAUUUCCAAGGAGUUAAUUACAGCUGGCAUGAAGACUGGUAACUUUUUGUAUCUAACCUUCUUGAGGCUGAACAUUUGCCUCUUCUCAAAUAUUUCUGUCGCUUCAAUUGUUGUUCUGUAGUGAAAAAAAUGAAAUCUGUCCCUAACCCUUCUGUUGAUCUUGGGUGUCUGUUUGUUAGUCCUGUGUCCCACAUAACAUAUUCUACCUAGGAAAAGCCCUCUAUAACCUGUAAAGUUGUUCUGUGAUAGCAUGAGGACCCAAACCUCUUUCAAACCUUUCUUCCCUCCCCACACUGCCCCUUCAUUGUGUCCUGAAUCGAGACGAUACCCUGGCCUUUGGUGUUGUGAGCAUGAUACUGAAAUGCUUAAGUUCGGCAUCCAUCUUUAUCUGUUUGAAAUAGAGAGACUAGUUAUGAUAAAUUUACAAUAAAACUAAACUUGCUGCA